AUUCGCAUAUACAGGGCGAACGGCACGUACCACGUCGUUGCAUGCGAGCUGAACAUUACCGUCGCGAUGCUCAUCCCGGAGCUCAACAAGAAAUUGUCGCUCGAUCCCGACCGCGAACCACAUAGCUUGUACUUGAAGGAGCGAGAACGAGUGCUCGCGAUGACGGAGAAGCCUGCAAAUAUUGUCCGCAGAAGGCUCGAGCAGGCGGGUUACGAUGAAGCGGAUGGACUCGAAGAACUCGGCGCAGACGACUUGGCCUUCCUAAUGAAGUUCGAGUACAAGAGCAACGUCUUGGGGCCAUUGCCGGACGACCUGCACGUCGAUACGUUCGACCUCAUUGAUCUGACAGGGCGCAGUUUACGGACUGUUCCCGUACUGCUCUACCCUCACGCGGACGCGAUCUUCCAUCUAAACCUGUCGCGAAACCCCAUGUUAGAGAUCCCUCUCGACUUCAUCCAAGCAUGUACAACGCUUCGGGAGCUCCGGUUAAGCCACAUGGCGAUGAAGAAGGUCCCGCAGAGCAUACGACACUGUACUACCUUACACCGGCUAGACCUCUCGUGCAAUCGAAUAGCGGAUCUGGACGAAGCCGCGCUCGACCGAAUACCAGACCUGCGCUCCCUGAAGGUGCAGAACAACCGCAUGGAGAAGCUCCCGUGGUACUUCCCUCGCCUGCGCCACCUCAAGGACCUGAACGUGUCGAACAACAAGUUCCGCACGCUCCCAACCGUCGUCACGCAGCUCACGAAGCUCGUUGACCUCGACAUCUCGUUCAACAUGCUCGAGAAGCUCCCGGAGGACAUCGGCUUGCUCGAAGCACUCGAGCGGCUCAUCAUCGUCGGGAACCAGGUCUCCGAGUUCCCAGCGACCUGCUCGCGCCUCUCCAAUUUGAAGAUGCUCGACUGUCGCCGGAACCACAUCACGGACCUCGCGAUUAUGACCGCCCUCCCGAAGGUCGAGCAGAUCUUCGCGGAUCACAACUCCGUGCAUGCGCUCGACCUCUCGUUUGGGCCGUGUCUGAGGCAGCUGGACGCGUCGCAUAACGAUAUCACGCAGCUCACUGUGCUCCCGGGACCGAUUGGCCAGCCGUACGCGCUCACGUCACUCGACAUAUCGCACGCGAAGCUUUCCGCACUGGACGAGCGCGCUCUCGCUCAGCUGACGGCGCUGGAGACGCUGCGGAUAGACCACAACUCAAUUCGGUAUAUCCCCGACUCGCUCGGAAACCUUACCCAUCUACUGCAUCUCUCUUGCUCGAAUAACCAGCUGCGAGCGCUCCCGUCGACGAUCGGCAACCUUCAGCGUCUGGAGACCCUGGAAGUACAUAACAACUCCCUGGCAGAGCUACCGCCGACCCUGUGGAACUGCGCGUCGUUGCAACUCAUCAACGCGACGUCGAACCUGCUGGGAUCGUGGCGCGUCGCGCCCGCCCACAACGUCGCGCACAUCGCAAGUCUAGCCAGUCAAGGUGCGGGAGACAGCGACAUGGUCACUCCGCCUCCUAGGAGCGCGAGCUUGCCGGAUCGCAAAGCGUCGGGAUCGAGUGCGAGCACGAACUCCAGUCGUGCGCUGCCGCCGAUUGUCUACUCCUUGGAACGGCUCUACCUCGGCGAGAACCGCAUGACGGACGAGAACCUGCAGACGGUGUCUCUCCUGCAGGGGCUGCAGAUACUCAAUUUGUCGUUCAACGACAUCCAGGAGAUUCCCGCGUCGUUUUUCAGAAGCAUGACCAACCUUGAGGAGCUGUACCUGAGCGGGAAUAAGCUAUCGGCUAUCCCGACGGAGGAUCUUAAUCGCUUGACGAAGCUGCAUGUGCUGUUCCUGAACGGCAACAAGCUCCAGACGCUACCGCAAGAGCUUGGAAAGCUCUCCAACCUGACUGUCCUUGACGUCGGCAGCAACAUCCUGAAGUACAACAUCUUCAACUGGGAGUUUGACUGGAACUGGAACUUCAACAAGAACCUGCAGUAUCUCAAUCUGUCCGGCAACAAGCGGUUAGAAAUCCGAACAGAUCUCGGCCACAUCAAAGACGACGAGAGGCGCAAGUUCCUUGCCGAUUUCUCUGGUCUUACGCAGCUGCGCGUUCUUGGGCUCAUCGACAUCACUGUCACGAAUGGCGCCAUGAUCCCUGAUGAGAACGAAGAUCGUCGCGUUCGUACCUCUUUAUCCGAGGUUAACGGGAUGGCAUACGGGAUCGCAGACACGCUCGGCUUCACCGAGCAUCUGAACAUGCUUGAUCUCGUUCAGCCAAACUUCCGCGGCAGCGAGGACGAGGCCAUCUUCGCGAUGUUUGGUCGGUCAUCGCACAUCGGGAACAACCACUACAUCAACAGCUACCUGCGCAACCGGUUCCUCGAGGUGUACUCGUCCGAGAUGGACAGGCUGAAACCGGAGAAGUGGGAGGACAUCAGCGACGCGCUUCGGCGGACAUUCCUGAAGCUCAACCGACAUCUGCACGACUACCUCUAUUCGACGUCCGGGCGCAAGAUGUCUCAUGUCAGCACGUCAACGGCGGUCCGGGAUAUCACAAACAAGAGGUCUGGCGCAUCCGGCAUUGUUCUCCAUCUAGAUGGCAGGACUUUAUAUGUCGCGAACAUUGGUCGGUCCUUAGCAGUCAUCUCACGCGGUGGUGAUGCCGAGUUGUUGUCCCGAUGUCAUGACCCGUUCGACAGGCAGGAGACAUUGCGCAUCCGGAGCGCUGAAGGCUGGGUGGCUCCCAAAGGUGCAGUCAACGACGAGAUUGACGUCUCACGGUCAUUUGGAUUCUACAACUUGCUACCCGUCGUGAACGCCAGGCCAUACGUCACGAAGUGGGAACUCUCAGAACAAGACGAGUUCGUGAUUGUCGGCAACUCAGGAUUGUGGGAUCACGUCUCCUACCAGACCGCCGUGGAUAUUGCCCGCACCGAGCGCGGCGACCCCAUGAUCGCCGCACAGAAGCUUCGUGACUUAGCCAUCAGCCAUGGAGCUGAUGGGACGACCGUGGGGACGACCAUGAUCAUGGUGAUCGCGGUUUCCGACCUCUUCAAAGGACCUGCUCGCUCUCGACAGCCUACUAUGGAGUCGAUUAUUGACACGGAGGCGUACCUCUCCUCGAAGCGCCGACGAAGAGAUGAACACAUCAAUAACCGCGAUAUCUCACGUCUCGACGGCGAGAUUCCGGCCCCGACUGGACAUCUCGCUAUGGUUUUCACGGACAUACGGAACUCCACGCAUCUCUGGGAGGUGAACGCCGGCAUGCCUACCGCGAUCGUAUUGCACAACAAUCUCCUCCGACGUCUGCUCAGACGCUGUGGCGGGUACGAAGUCAAGACCGAAGGCGACGCUUUCAUGUGUUCGUUCCCAACAGCAUUGGCCGCACUUUGGUUCUGCCUGAGCGUCCAAACGCAGCUGCUCCAAGUCGACUGGCCCCUCGAGAUCCUCGAGUGCGAGGAUGGGAAGGAAAUCUAUGACCAGGGCGGCAAGCUCGUCGCUCGUGGACUGUCAGUCAGGAUGGGCAUACACUGUGGGAUCCCUGUUUGCGAGCCCGAUCCAGUCACUGGCCGUAUGGACUACUUCGGACCCAUGGUGAAUCGGUCGGCGCGAAUCGAAGGCGCCGCAGCCGGAGGCCAGAUCAUGUGCAGCGCGGAUGUCGUUCGCGAAAUCAAUGCUAGGAUCUUGGAGACCGAGCCCGAGACGGAAUACUCCCACCUGCAGCCAUCGCAGGCCGUGGAGGCGAUCCGAAACUCCGGGAUUGUCGUUGUGCCCGUUGGCCAGGUCAAGCUGAAGGGUCUGGAGGUUCCGGAGACUUUGUCCCUCGUGUAUCCUCGUGAUCUUUCUGGCCGUCAGAGUCUUGUCAAGACGGACGCAAACCCCUCGGCAUCACGCGUGCAGUUCAGCGUGAACCAGAUGCGCGAGCUGGCUAUGCUGUGCGUGAGACUGGAAAUGCUCUCGUCCGGU